CCUCCCCUGGCUCCGCCCUCACGGAGGAGUCGCCCUCCGCCCCCUCUGCUCUCGGCCCCCGGCGCGCAGAGACCAGCGGCAGCCGCCAGCGGCCCGGAGCAGCGGCGCGCGGGGAGCCGGGGCGCAGAGAGGGUCCCAAGAACCAAUGAGGAGGACACGGGACCCCUGAGGCCUCCCUGUCCUGCUGGCCAUGCCGACUUUGACAUGCUCCCUCUCGGUGCCCCAGAUGCUCUGGACCAUCCUCCUGGCCGCCUCCCUGAGUGCUCAGAAUGGAAGAGCCGGGGACCUUCCUUGUGGAUCCGGAUGUGCACACCUGGCCCAGGACCCUGGGGAUGGUGAGGCGGCUGCAGGCCCGGCCGAGACUCAACCACACUCACAAUGGGACAACCCCAUCUGCACCGAAGGAGUGGUUUCCGUGUCCAGAGGGGAGCGUGCCGUGAUGGCCUGCAACAUCUCCAACCCCUUCCUCAGCGUGGCCAUCUACCUGAGCUCCCAUGGGAAGAACUUCAAGCCCAUCUUCAGCAUGCGGCCCACAGGAUGCUUCUGCCAGGGAGGCUGGCGGCUCCAGGUUCAGGGAAGCGUGGCCCAGCUGGUGAUCAAUGACGCGAGCCACACCCAGGCAGGAUCCUACAAGUGGUAUCUGCAAGGUCUGCAGAGAAAUAUCAGAGUCACCACACUGAACGUGUCAGGGGCAGAGUCCCAAGACCUGAAGGUGAGAGGACACCCGCUCUUCACACAUCCCUACAGCCCAGAGACGCCAUGCCCGUCCAAGGCCGGAGACCAGUUCAGGGUGGCCCCUGUGGUCAUCAGCAUCAUUGCCAGCCUCGUUUUCCUGGUGGUCAUCGGGAGAGAUGGCUCUGAGCUGGAAGACGGAGGGCCUGUGAGGAGGGUGAUAAACAGGCCUGAAACCCAGAACCGACUCCAGGAGUCCUGCCCCACUCUGAGGCCACCAGCACCCGCACUCACCCCCCAGGAGUGGAGCCCCGUGUGUCCCACCUCCAUCUGGUUGACAGAUGCCCAGGAACCACGCAGCGGUGGCAGACAGAAGCAGCUCCUGUCCCUGCCUGCUGGCACCGGAGACCUGCUCAGCCCUUCAGCCCAAGGAGCAAGCUCUCUGCCCACCCCGGGGCGGGGGGCCGGCAGGGGGAGAGGACGGGACUCAGGCUGGCAGCUGCUUCUCCUCGGCCUUCCCCCCCAUCCCACCCCGGGCCAGUGGCUGGCUCCUCCCCACCUCAGCCUUCCGCAGGUGUCUCAGCUCCCCGACUCCCCCUCAGCAGACUCUGUGGUCAAAAAUGGGAAAAUCUCAGGGGUGCCUGGAUGGCUCAGUCGGUGACUCAGUGGUUAAGCAUCUGCCUUCGGCUCAGGGCAUGAUCCCAGGGUCCUGGGAUUGCGCCCUGCUCAGCGGGGAGUCAGCUUCUCCCUCUCCCUCUGCCUCUCCCCUGGCUUAUGCCCUCUCUCUUCCUCCCUCCCUCUCUCUCUCUCAAAUAAAAAAAUUAAAAAUCUUUAAAAAAAAGGGGGGGGGAUCUCAACUUCCGAAACAUUUGACCUCAAAGAACCUCUCCCUUCUCUGCCCCAUCAGGGCAAGGGGUCUGGGCUUCCAGCCUCAGGUGCGGAAGGCACACACUGUUGUACCCUUGGAGAUGCCCCAGCGUGGGUCUGAAGUUGGUCUUGGGCGCCAUCCUGUCUUUGCACUGGGCAAGAACAAGUUUGGCAAUCCCUCCAGCCAGCAGUCCUGGAGUCAAGCUGCGGCGGAUGGAGGCCUGGGGUGGAGCGCCGGCCCCACCCCCACCACGAGGGGGCGCGGUACCAGAGCCCCUCUCGUAGGGAGGCGGACAGGUGGCACCUGGCAGUCAGGUGUCCACACAACCCUCCCCACCCCCGACCUCCCAGCCCCAGGGUUCCCUUCCCCCACCUGCCCACCUGCCCGCCCUUCCCCAUCCCAAACCUGUUUUGUCAGAUGUCUUCAUAAUCACAACUGUGAAACUCCAUGAAAUGGAUUCUUAAGAGGGACACACAGGUUUUUUCUAAACUACACAUUCAGUGCUCUGAAAACCCAUAACCCCAAUCCUUACGAUGAAUAAAAUAAAUCAACCAAGAAAUCAUCCAAUGACCUGAUAAA